AUGGCUCAAGAGUUGAUUCAACUUCAGCCAGGAAUGCAGGUGGAGAGAUGGACGAUCGAGAAGAAACUGGGUGAAGGUGGUUUCGGUGCCGUAUAUCGGUGUCGAGAUGGCACUGGUCAAUACGCGCUUAAAGUUGAAGGAGUGGCCGAGCAGAUUCAGGUUUUGAAAAUGGAAGUCUACGUGCUGACAGAGUUGACAAAACGUGGCUCACGACAUUUCUGCAGAAUUGAAGACAAGGGAAGAUACGGGAAUUUCAAUUAUGUGGUUAUGACCCUUGUGGGUAAAUCGCUACAAGAUUUAAAUAGGGGAGGACCUGGAGGGCACAUGACGAUCGGAUGUGCGAUUUCAUGCGGAAUCCAAUGCUUGGAAGCUCUUGAA